ACAGGUUCUUCGUUUUUAGGUUUGUUUGGUUUCUCUGUCAUUCCAUACAGUCAUGGCCUCUGCAAAAGACUCAGAUCCCUCGUUAGGGUUUCUUACACGAAAAGAGACAGAGGUUAAACUCCCUCGACCUACGAGGGUAAAGAAUAAAACUCCUGCUCCUAUACAGAUUACUGCGGAGCAGAUUCUCAGGGAAGCUCGUGAACGUCAAGAAGCGGAGAUCAGACCACCUAAACAAAAGAUAACCGACUCGGCUGAGCUUGCGGAUUACCGUCUGCGGAAGCGCAAAGAAUUCGAAGACCUAAUUCGCAGAGUCCGAUGGAACAUCGGCGUGUGGAUCAAGUACGCCCAAUGGGAGGAAUCCCAGAAGGAUUUUGCUCGUGCCCGAUCAGUGUGGGAACGAGCGUUGGAGGUCGAUUAUCGAAACCACACUCUUUGGUUGAAGUAUGCAGAAGUAGAGAUGAAAAACAAGUUCAUCAAUCAUGCCAGGAACGUUUGGGAUCGAGCCGUCACUCUUCUCCCCCGUGUCGAUCAGCUUUGGUACAAGUACAUACACAUGGAGGAGAUGCUCGGCAAUGUUGCUGGGGCUCGACAGAUCUUCGAGCGGUGGAUGCAGUGGAUGCCUGAUCAGCAGGGUUGGCUCUCCUACAUUAAAUUCGAGCUUCGUUACAAUGAGAUUGAACGAGCUAGGGCAAUAUUCGAAAGGUUUGUGUGGUGUCACCCCAGAAUUGGAGCUUGGAUUCGGUAUGCCAAAUUCGAGAUGAAAAAUGGAGAAGUGCCUAGAGCUAGGAAGUGCUAUGAGAGGGCUGUUGAGAAAUUGGCAGACGAUGAGGAGGCUGAACAGUUGUUUGUGGCAUUUGCAGAGUUCGAAGAACGGUGUAAGGAGACGGAGAGAGCUAGGUGCAUUUAUAAGUUUGCACUUGACCACAUACCCAAGGGGAGGGCUGAGGAUCUAUAUAGAAAGUUUGUUGCAUUCGAGAAGCAGUACGGUGACAGGGAGGGGAUAGAGGAUGCUAUUGUGGGAAAGAGGAGAUUUCAGUAUGAAGAGGAGGUUAGAAAGAACCCUCUUAACUACGAUACGUGGUUUGAUUAUAUCCGUCUAGAAGAAAGUGUGGGAAAUAAGGACAGGACCAGGGAAGUCUAUGAGCGCGCUAUUGCUAAUGUUCCUCCGGCUGCAGAGAAGCGUUACUGGCAGCGAUACAUUUACUUGUGGAUUAAUUAUGCUUUAUAUGAGGAGCUUGAUGCACAGGAUAUGGAGAGAACAAGAGAAGUCUACAGGGAGUGCCUUAAGCUGAUUCCCCACGAGAAGUUGUCAUUUGCCAAAAUUUGGUUGUUGGCUGCCCAAUUUGAAAUACGCCAGAAAAAUCUGAAGGCUGCACGGCAAAUACUAGGCAAUGCAAUUGGGAAGGCUCCCAAAGAUAAGAUAUUUAAGAAAUAUAUCGAGAUAGAGUUGCAACUUGGAAAUAUCGAUCGUUGCCGAAAGCUAUAUGAGAAGUAUUUGGAAUGGGCACCAGAGAACUGCUAUGCAUGGAGCAAAUAUGCAGAGCUGGAAAGGUCAUUGAGUGAAACAGAGAGGGCUAGAUCAAUUUUCGAGCUUGCAAUAGCCCAACCUGCAUUGGAUAUGCCAGAGUUAUUGUGGAAGGCAUACAUUGACUUUGACAUAUCAGAAGGUGAAUACGAAAGAACCAGGCAACUGUAUGAAAGGCUGCUGGAUAGAACCAAGGACUUAAAGGUGUGGAUUAGUUUCGCAAAGUUUGAAGCAUCUCUUGCUUUGCAAGAGGAGGACAAGGGUAUGAAAAUGGCGGAGGAGAAUGAUUUGUCUACCCUUCAUGAACAGAAGCAGCAGUGCCUCCAACGUGCUAGAAGGGUCUUCGAAAGGGCAGUUAACUACUUCAGAACAUCUGCACCUGAACUAAAAGAGGAAAGGGCCAUGCUUUUGGAAGAGUGGCAUGAGAUGGAGAAGAGCUUUGGCACCAUUGGAGAUGAAAGUCUAGUCAAGAAUAAGUUACCAAAGAAGCUCAAAAAGAAGAGGCCGAUUGUAUCAGAGGAUGGUCCAGCUGGGUUUGAAGAGUAUUAUGACUACCUCUUUCCGGAGGAAACUCAGGCUCCAAAUCUCAAAAUCUUGGAAGCAGCUUACAAGUGGAAAAAGCAAAAAAUUGGUUCGGAGGACGAUUUAUAACGAAAUCUUCUUUCCGUCCUCAAAUUCAUGGAAUUUUGUGUGUGCAUCUGUUGACACUUCUUUCUUUUGUUGCAACCUGAUACCAAUGUUUUGUGAGUACAGUUGAUGUUGCUUCA